AUGGCCGACAAUGAAGAGAAAUCGACCAAUGAAAUGGAUGAAUUUCAAUCUGAUUCGGAAGAGGAGUUGAGAUCAAUUUUAGAGGAAUGUGAACAAGACCAGCAAGAAGUAAUACAUGACAUUAAUUUGGAUGAGAAUCAAGUUGGAAUCGAACAACCUGAAGUCACUGAAGUCAAGGGAGACAACUAUAUGAAAUCAAGCCAUGAUGAUGACCUGAAUGAGAAUUACAAUGCAAUCAGCUACAUCCUGGAUGAAAAUCCAGAUGGAAUUGAACAGUCAGGGGUCAAUGGAGAUAAUGAUAUAAAGUCAAGCCAAGAUGUUGACCUGGAUUCAAAUCAAGUUCCAAUCAAACAACCCAAGGUGACUCACGUCAAGGGAGAAAAGAAACAAGGUUUUGUCAUUGGACGAGUUAAAGAAGCAAGUAUCAAUCUAUUUAAACUAAUGAUUGUGAAUAAUGAAAGUGACAAUGAGUUUCGACUGCAAGUCACAAAAACUCAGUUUCAUGAGUGUUGUAUUUGA